AUGCCUACGUUUUCUGGGGUUGUCUUGUGGUCUUCCCGUUUGCCGUUACUUGAACAUGGGGAAACUCUAUUUUUUUGCAACUGUCCUACGUUCCUCUAUAAUUCAGCCGUCUUACAAGGUUCCGAUACCUCUGAUCUCUCACUAAGCGAUCAGGCUUGUAAAGCUCGAGGUUCAAAUCUUAGAGUUCAUUUUAAGAAUACAAGAGAGACUGCUCAGUCUGUCAAAAGAAUGCCCCUGAGACGUGCGCAACGAUUUUUAAAGAAUGUCAUGGCUAUGAAAGAAAUUGUGCCCUUCAGAAGAUUCAAUGGAGGAGUGGGACGUAAGGCACAGGCCAAGCAAUGGGGAUGCACUCAAGGAAGGUGGCCCAAAAAGAGUGCGGAGUUUUUGCUACAGUUGUUGCGUAAUGCCGAAAGCAAUGCCGACUACAAGGGUCUGGAUGUGGACAGACUGGUCAUUGAACACAUCCAGGUCAACAGAGCACCCAAGAUGAGGAGGAGAACCUACAGAGCUCAUGGACGUAUCAACCCGUACAUGAGCAGCCCCUGCCACAUAGAAGUAAUUCUGACCGAAAAAGAACAGGUGGUGGCCAAGCCGACGGCAGAGGAAGAGGCACCCAAAAAGAAGCUGUCGAAGAAAAAGAUGGCGAGACAAAAAUUAAUGCAGAGAGAUUAGAUUUUUUUCUGUUUGUAGGCAAGACUGCAAACAGAAAUGUAUUGAUAAAUAAAAAUAAAAUCUAUUGAAAGAU